AUGCCACCUGCAGACCGGGAAGAGCAACCGCGAGUCAGCGUUCUAGACAGAAUCGACCCACCGAUGGAAAGAGGGCGCAGGUCGUUACACUUGCCGACCGAGAGCGAAGCUGAUUUGAGUGAGGCCAGUUCAUCAGAUUCCCGCCGCCGUAGGCACCGUGACCCAGCCCGUUCCUCCGGUCUCUCGCGGGGAAUAUUGGACCAAGUCCGGGCCGAAUUCAACCGAUGGAAGCAGGAGCAAGGGGAUGAUCGAACCAUUGACCGGGCAAGUAAUUUGCUCGGAACGCCCUUUACUCAGGAGCUCAUGAGUCAGCCUUACCCAAUCGACCUACGUGUUCCCGGGGAUAAGGAGUACUCCGGCAGGUCGGAUCCCGAGCAGCAUGUGAACCUCUACUACGGCAACAUGCUCAUGAUGGGGGUGUUCGAGGCCGUAAUGUGCCGGGCGUUUUACUCGACGUUGACCGGGCGAGUAGCAGAGUGGUUCCGUACCUUGGAGCCAGGUUCAAUUUCGAAUUUUCGAGAUCUAGCACAGAGAUUCGUCGACCGCUUCGCCAUGUCCAAAACUGUCAAGAAGCAUUUCUCCCAUCUGGAAAACGCCAAGCAGUUGGAUGGUGAACUGCUCUCCGUCUUCAUCGAGAGAUGGAAUAAGGAGAUGGCUGAGAUUGAGCCCGUCGACGACGUCACCGCUACAAACCUGCUGCUAAACUCUUUGAGAGCGGGAAAUCUAUACCAAGAUCUCAUACUCCGGCCGCCGACCUGUUACGAGGACGCUGUGCGCAGGGUGGUCGCCCACGCUACUUCCACGGAAGCGAACUCGGCCAAGAGGAUGAUGGAGACAGGGGGGCCGAGAAGGGACCAAGGCCAGAGAGAUCGUCGCCCUAACAACCCGCGACAAAAAGAUCGUGACGGAAACCCGAUCUACACCCCGUUGACUAGACCGGUGGCCGAAGUCCUACAGUUCGCUCAGAAUUGUCAUCUAAUCCAAUUGCCUGCUUCGGCGAGAGAUGGCCCGGACAAGGACAAAUAUUGUGCAUAUCAUCGCAACCGGGGGCACGACACCGAAGAGUGCCACGUACUCAAGGGCUUGAUCGAAGACCUCUUGCAGACCGGUGAAUUGGCCCAGUUCGCGGAAAAGAAGAAGAAAGGCCGGCGGGGGUGGAGAAAGUAUUUCAAGAAAGAUAAAGAUAAGAAAGACAAAGAUCCCGACCUAGACAGGGAGCCACCAACAACCGCUCGGAAGUAG